GACAACACGUUUACUACGGAAUCAGCGUUACAGACGAACGGAAGAGUAGUAAAGUACGAAAACUGCGCAGAGUUCUAAGGCGGUGGUAGAGUUCAACACGGAUACAACGUAGCGUCCGUCGCGGCUGGAGUCGUGUAAAAACCCCCGGGACGAACUGGCCACAUCUGGAAAGAAGGUUAAAGGAACUGUGUGGAACGGGGACUCGAACGCUGUUUUUCUGGUUAAAAAAAAAAAUUGAACGAAACGACGCUUUCGGCCCGGGACGCAUCGCGAAGGCUCGAGGUGUUUUACAUCGAAGCCCUGACUGAGACAACGACGACGGGCUGCCACGACCCGGCGUCGGUUUGGUCUCCACCUGAGAUAAACCUCUGUAUCGAGUCGCUCUCACUCUCCUGUUUACUGGAAAAUUCAGAGCCACUCCUGGCCAGGAAACAGGGCGUUUUCCAGCCAAGCUGCCAGGAGGAGAAGCAGAAAGCCACAGUUCAGAACAGUGGAUACAAUGAGGGAGCCAGAGAGAGAGGAGCAACCCACAGAAACCAUGCCUCCCAAAUUCAAACGGCAUCUCAAUGACGACGAGGUGACGGGAUCUGUGCGCAGCGAGAGGAGGAACUUGCUUGAGGAGGACUCAGAUGAAGAGGAGGACUUUUUUCUGAGAGGACCAACUGCACCCAAAUUUGGACCUAAAAAUGACAAAAUCAGACAAGUGCAGAAUCAGGUGGAUGAAGUGAUUGAUGUCAUGCAGGAGAACAUCUCCAAAGUCAUCGAGCGGGGGGAGCGCUUGGAUGAACUGCAGGACAAAUCAGAGAGCCUGUCAGACAAUGCUUCGGCUUUUAGCAGUCGAGCCAAACAUCUGCACAGGAGGAUGUGGUGGAGGGACAUGAAGAUGAAAGCCAUAAUUGCAUUGGUAGUGGUCAUUCUCUUGCUCAUCAUUAUCAUUCCCAUCAUCCUUCAGUACCACUAGUGCUUGCCUGAGGGGUUGGGACAUGUGAGAGACUGACACCACCAUUUCCCCUUCUGUCUUAACUUCCUGUUUCCUGCAUCCACUCCCCAACACCAGAAGGGGAGCUCUGACUCUCUGUGGAUGAGUGCCGGACUGUACCGUGCCAAUCUGUCUGAUUCUGGGGGCAGGGUGACACCAAGCCAGUCCGGGACAAGUUGGGUUUGUGUGAUUUACUACAGUGUUUCUGCCACCACUAAGGGGGAAAGGACAAAAGGAAAGAUCAGCGUGCAGAAGUGAACCUUGUACGCUGCACACACAGGCCCCCAGUGGGUGUAGCUGCUCUACAAUGAGAAGUACUGCGGCAAAUCAAAUCCCACACAGAUUUUGUUACAUUGGCAGGCUAUGUUCCUCCUGCCUUCGUCAAUGCCAUCCAUCAUCUGUACAGACUCCAAAGCAACAACAUACAGUCCUGGAAUCAUGAAAGCCUGCUGCCUACCAAAAAAUACACUUAGUUAGGCCUCCCACUCAUUUCUCUGUAGGAUUCUGUAGAGUGUAUAGUGUAUA